AUGCCCAGCGCACUGAAAGCCCGGGCAGGGAAGCCCUCCGUGACGGAGAUGAAGUCGCAGCUGGCUGGGCUGCGAAAGCCCUUAGCCAGUACCAUGGAGGCGCUCUACUCCAAGUAUCACCAGAUUUGUCUCGCCGAGGAUCCGCCACUCCAGGAAUUGCCGGUGAAGGAGGAUGGCAUCAACUGGAAAGCCUUGAUCCUUAGUCUUCCCACACCUGAGAACACCAAGGUCUUAGGCUGCGGUAUCCGUCGGGUGCUCUUCAAGCGCGCCGACUGCAUCUACGAUGGCAUCUACCGCUUCCACGUCGAAAGGCGGGAUCUCACGCAAGCAAUGUUCGAGUUCCGGGACGCCUACGAUGACCCCUACCACCACUACAAGGACAAGUCGUUUAAGGAUGAUGUGGACACUGCAUUGCGUGCCGCCAUUCUUCCUCACAUCGUGCAAUUCAAAGAGCUGCAUUGCAAAGACAGUCAGAUGGAGUUGGUCUCACACAUCUCAGGCAUUGCACUGCCCUGGGAGAAAGCAGUGGUCCAACAUUUUCCAGUGACCUUUCGGGUUCUCUUGGACGCGUUUCUCAAUGAGAACCAGAUCGAGUUGGAAAGCAUCAAGUUGGAAUUCUGCGAAGACCACGGAUACAAGCUGAAAGAUCCAGUGCUUUUGGACAAGUGGCGGCUUUUCCAUCGGAGUCACGCGCAAUACCGCAUCAUCUCCACGGAUGAAGCCAUGGAGCAAGAGCAGAUUUUGAACCGACAUCACCCCGGGCCGGUGAAAAGGCCAGUGAAGGCCGGUGUCAAUACGGUUGGACCAUGGGUUGAUGAAGUGCAAAGGUCCGGGCAGCGGAUUCCACAGCACGGUACAUGUGCUACGGAUGCAGCCGCUGUGCAGGUGGCCCGUGUUUUGAAGGAAGCCAUCGAAGAGGGGAAGUCCAAAGCAGACUUGGAGGUCAUGGUCGAGUCGAGGUACCAGGACUCCGUGGUCCUUCUCCUGAGCUGUACUCCUCGCAUGGGCCGUGAUGAUGCGAUCGCUGGUGCCAUUUGCAUUGGUCAAGACAUCACUCGCAUGAAGGAGUUGGAUGUGAAGAGGUCCAACAUCGCAGCCACCGUGACGCAUGAGCUGAGGUCGCCCCUGCAUGGCAUCAUUGGUUUGAGUGAACAGCUGGUCUCCACAGGCGCUAGCGACACGUUGAAACGACUUCGCCUGAGGAUCAGCCACUGCGCUCGUCGCCUGCUCGACUUGGUCAUGAACAUCAUGGACCUGUCAACACUGGUGCAGAGCAAACGCUUGCGACUCGCGAGGGAUCCGGUGCAGAUGGGCAAACUCAUUGAGGAGGUGCAGGUGCUCCUAUCCUCCGCCGUAGACAAGGCGCCGUGGACACGGCGCCUCCUUCCAGAGGCAAAGCGCCCCAUCAAGAAGGACACGGUGCGGCUCAUCAUUGACGUGCCGGACCAGUUGCCUAUCAUCGAGGCGGAUGCCCACCGGUGCAUGCAGAUGCUCUACAACUUGGUGACGAAUGCCUUCAAGUACACCAAGGAGGGCGUGGUCGAGGUCAUGGCGCGGGCCGAUGACGCGAAGGAGAUCCUCACGGUGCACGUGAGGGACACCGGCCGGGACCAAGACGACAAUCGCCAGUUUGAGGGCAUGGGUUUAGGCUUGGCCAUCUCCCGGGAAGUGGCUGUGAAACACGGAGGCCCGUGGAUGGGUGGUGGACGCGUUUUUUUUCCAGCGCGGGACCAUGACAUGACCACGAUGACCACUGGGCAGAGAUGA